GCAAAACGGACUUUGGUUCCAUUUUCUCCUGAACUCUGUCAUAUCAGUCCUUCUUUAGAUCCUCAACAUUAAACUGAGGCGACAGCACACUAAAACGAGAGUCCUGAAUGAACUGUUUGCAGUAAUUGUCAAAAUUUGUGAAGAGUGAGCCAGCUGCUAUGGAUAAACAGAGAAACUUGAGCAUCAGUGAUCUGUAUUUGUAAAGAAGGAACCAGUGCUGUUAUGACAGAGCAAAGUGAAACGAAGUGUGCGGAGGAGGAUCUGCCACCUCACAUCAAGGAUUGGAGUAAACAUCACGUGAGAGAAUGGGCUCGCAAGUUGGAUGGUGUGGAUGAAGCAGUUGCUGAAAAGUUGUUUCAGAAAGACGUUAGUGGGUGUGUUUUUUUGAUUUUAGAUAUUGAAGACUUGAAUGAAAUCAAUGUGACUUUUGGACCAGCAAAACUUCUCAUUCAUGCCAGAGAUGAAUUAGUGAAAAUUAUGACAGAAGAACCAACAAGCUCUGCAAACCAGCCAGGGAAACCCUGCAAGCCUUAUCCAUUUUGUAGAUACCAUGAUACAUUUAGAUACUUGGAGAGCAGCAUUCUUGAUAUUACAGAAUCAGGUGCCUCAGACUUGAUUGAACCUUGUCAUGAAUAUAAAGGUUUCACCAAUACAACUGAUGAAACUAAAAUGAGCAAGUUCACUGUGGAGGUUAUUCGCUUUGCAGCUGCCUGCAUGAAUAGCCGCACCAACGGCACUAUACACUUUGGAAUAGGUGACACGCCAGACUUCAUCCAUGGUCAAGUACUGGGAGUGCUUGUUCAGGACAGAGAGGCUUAUGCAAAAGAACUAAAAUAUGCCAUUGAUGGUCAUUUUGAGUACAAACACAAAGACGCUGCUCAAAAGUGCAUCAAACCUCCCCGAUUUGUCCAAGUUCUCAAUAAGAACAUGACAUCAUCUGACAAAUUUGUGAUAGAAGUGGAUGUAGUUCCAGAUUCUACAAUCUGUGAAGAAAAUCUCUACCACACUCACACUGUAGACACAAGAAAAGCCAAGAAAAAAGCUAAAGUUAAAGAAAUGGAGUUGCAACCUUCAAAGUGUUUUCUGGUGCGAGAUGGUGGUUGCAGCAGGGAUCUCCUGGCACCAACCACAUCUGCCAAACCCUUGACCGAGUACAAACAUUUUAUUGACAAUAUGGCUCAGCGAUCACAACUCAGAAAAAAAGCUGAAGAGAAGCACCUCAGUGUGAUAAAAAGCAGUACUCAGGGCUCGAGAUUAAGUGAGAUGAUAACUGGUGGCUCUCCAUCCUUAGAUAAGUCACACUUUGAGCAGUAUUUGAUAGUAACUAACAAAUCACAUUCAAGCCAGUUUGAAUCAAUGGGAUUUCUCGUAGAACUCAACCCGACAGCUGUCUUGGACUUUGACCCAGAAUCAACUAAACAUGGAUUACAGUGUCACUUUAGCCAGCAAAGCACAGUCAGUGUCCAUUUACCUGAACGGUAUAAAAUCACAGAAGGAAUUGAAGACAUUGCAAACAAAUUGAAGUUAACUCGAAACACCAGCUGGGUAUGCUGCAAUGGAGGGGUUGAGAAUGAAGUGCCCUCAGACAUGGACCAGUGGCUUAUGGACAAAGGAGCUUCCAUUAGAGAUGUGAUUUCUUUCUUGUGUCGCAAAGAUGUGCUUCCAAACAAGAGAUUUCUUGUCAUUUUCUUACUUUUGUCAACAGUGAGUGAGAAAAUGGAUCCCCUUGUUGAGACUUUCAGUACAUUCUGGCAGGAACUCAGAGGCACAGAUCAAAUCCUUUGUGUAUGUGACAAUGAAAACGCCUUUAACUCCUGGAGGGACCUAAUUGAGUCUCGAUGUGGAAUCAACAUCUCAGGUAGAUGCAUAUAUGAGCUUAGCUUUGCAGAAGUCAAUGGCACCGUCCUUAGUCUUUGGUCAAAGAACCGCAGAUCGAGUCGUUUCCUACCCUGUGGUGGGGGAAGCACAGUGCUUUUACAGAAGAAAGAUGAGCAAAGCCUGAAUACCUUAGAGGUCCUGUGCGUUAACCAAUGUGAAGGAGGAAAUGAGGACAAAAUUGUCAUUGAGGAGAACUUCUACAAAGGGGGUAAAGUGUCAUGGUGGAAUUUCUAUUUCUCAGAGCAGCCUGGAUGCACACCAUUUAUCAAACGAGACAAGUUUGACUACAUCAAGAAUACCGUCAUACCAGACUUGUGCUCUCUGAGAAAAGCCUGUGUGUUGUUCAAUCUCAUGCAUGUACCUGGAUGUGGUGGGACAUCUUUGGCUAUGCACACCCUGUGGGCUCACCGGGACAGAUUCCGCUGUGCUGUCCUCAGGAGCAGCAAUGCUGACUUUACUGAUGCAGCUCAUCAAGUGGUCAGACUUUUAAUGUAUGACCACAAGGAGCAAAUACCAACUGUCCCUGUGUUGCUGAUGAUUGAUGACUUUGAUGAUAUGGAGAAAGUAUUUGACUUGCAGCAGCUCAUUGAAAAAGAAUGUGCACAGAAAAAAGUUCAGUCUAAGUCAGCACAGGUAAUUCUCCUGAACUGCAUGAGAUCAGAGUCCUCAGAACUGCCCGAGCCAACAGAUACUGUAUUCAUAGGAAACAAUCUUUCAGAGAAGGAACAGAGAAUGUUUGAGGAAAAACUUGUAGAAAUAGAGAAAACACACAAGAAUGCUGAAACAUUUUAUGGUUUCAUGAUCAUGAAGAAGAAUUUUAAGUCAGAGUAUAUUCAAGGAGUAGUUCACAACACUCUGAAGAGCUUCAGCAUGAACCAGAAACCUGCACAGCUCCUGGCUGUCUUAGUUCUGCUGCAUGUUUACUGUAAGGGUGCUUCUCUCUCCAUCUCUCUCUGUGAGGAAUUUCUUGGCCUUCAACCAAAACCAUUUUGUGGAACCAUCAAAGUUGAAGAUGGAUUUGGGAAAUUUUCCGCUUUCAUUGCCAACUGCUCAGUAGAGGGUAAGGUAGUAUUCAAAGCUGUGAAAAUUAUCCAUUCAAGUAUUGCAAGCCACUGUUUGAAGGAGCUUACAAAAAAACACAAUGUGAAUAAAGCUGAUAUUGCUGACCUUCUGCUGACCACAAAUAAGCUUUAUGAAUGCACACAAGGAAAAGACAAUCUCCUGCAAGAUGUUCACCACAUUUUGGUGAAGAGACAUUAUUCAGCAGAAGAGGAGAGCAAGUUCUCUCCGCUUAUUCAAGACAUUGCCAGUGAAACACCUGGACUGGAAGAGAUGGUGCUAAAAAAUGCAUCAAUAAGAUUUGAGAAAGAUGCCAUUGUCUCUCAGUUACUGGCCAGGUAUUAUUAUCUCACAAAGAAGGAUUUCUCAGAAGCAAAAUUUUGGGCCGAUAAAGCAAAAGCUCUGUCCAAAGACAGCUCCUAUAUUGCAGAUACAUUAGCCCAAGUUAUGAAGCAUGAGCUGAAGAAUGCCGUUGCAAACUACAAGGAUGAGCCUAUCAGUCCCGAAAAACUGAACACGUCUCUCAAGCUGGCUCAGUCAGCGAUAGAAGCAUUCAAGGAAGCACAGAGCCUCGCAAAAAAAGAGUCAGUUCAACGAUUGCAAAUCAAAACGGACAACUGUCCUUUCAAUACAGCUGGGUGCCUGGGAGAAAUCCAGGUCGGAGUACUGGUCAUUGACGUGCUGGCAAAGACCCCCAUAUUUGCCUCUGACAACGUCCGCCAUGAUAUAAUGAGCCAGGUUCUCUCUGGAGAUGUUGACCUUCAGAGUGUAGCAAGAAACGAUCCCCGGAACAACAAAAACAGAUCCUAUUAUGCCAUUCUUAGACAGUUUGAGGAUGUACUUUACAACCUCAAAUACAGAAUGAGGGUGAACUUUGACUACCUUGAAAACUUUUAUGUGAAUCUGGGCUCCAGAUUUGGAUUGAAAGACAUCCGUGAACAAGUAGCCCAAAAGGAGCUUCUCAGAUGUUUCAGUCUGUAUGCAAAGCUUUUCUGCAAGACAGAUUCUGCCGCUCUGUUGAGGAAUAAAAUGAUGCAUAAUGUGCUGAAACUACACCAGUCAAGACAGUUCCUGGAGAAGGAAAAAGCUGAUACCUAUUCUGGGAUUCUGAAUUGUCUUUCAAAUGACAUCUCAACUGAAAUGAUGGAGAAGAUUGCCAGACAGUAUUUUCUUGUUUGUGCACCCGAGCAUAAUCCGACUACAGCAGAGAGAAUCAACUACAUCUAUGCCAAUGUUGUGCUGAGCUGUAUCAAACUGGAAUCACAACAACUUCAGCCAUACCGGCAGUUAAUUGACCUCCUCUGCAAACUUCUGCGUGAGCAAAUUCCACUAAGUGACAGAUUGCCACUGUUCUUCAUUGCAGUUGUGCUGUUUUGGCCACACCUGGACUGUCCAGAUUGUAGAAAUCUGGGAAGCUACAUCUCAGAGAUGAAGACCUUAUAUCACGUCGUGAUGAAGGAAGUAUACAAUGGCAAGAGUCCCAUUGUCCAUUUCCUCUUGGGGAAAAAGCAGGGCUAUGAACGGCUGGUACACAGUGGAGAGCUCAAAAAAUGCAUCAUGUCUGAGGAAGAGCAGUUUGCUUCCAUGUGGGGAAACGGCAAAAUAUGGAAAGAGAGGAAGGUUGAAGAGCUCCUUUGCCGGGUCACAGGCGAGGUGAAGAGUACCUUCAUACUGGCAGAUACUUGUUUCCCAAAACUAAAGCUUGAAGUUGCUCCAAUGUACCGAAGUCAGAUUAGUGGGCUCGCAGAGGGGUCAAAGGUAUCAUUCUUCAUUGGUUUCUCAAUGAAAGGCCCUCUAGCACUUGACAUUGAUCUAAAACUUUAAAGAAACCUCUGCCAACAUACUAUACUUCCGGCUAAUCAUGGCUCCAUCAGACAUAUUCAGCCUUGAGUUACUAGUAACUACUUGAAAUGUUGUUUGACAUAUUUUGUGGUUAUCUUUGUCAUUGCACUUAACUUUGUUGAUACCAUUUUUUUUUUUUUUUGGAGAAAGCAGGAAAAUAGGUCAGUAAAGCCUUAAAAUCAAGCCUGUUAAGCAUAUUUUCUAAUAACAUUUGUACUGGUGCUCAUCAGUCACUGUAAAUAUGUUGAUAAUUUUUUACAAAAAUGAAAAUUGAAAAGUUGCAAUAAUGGAAGUGAAAUAAUAAAUAAUUGGAACUGAAAUUAACUGUUUUCUGGAUGCUCUGAAUAAAUGUCAUCUAUGACAAAUUUCAUAAUGAA